AUGAGCUUCGUUUAUCGUAAGUGCAAACUAGGAGCUGCCGCCACCUCAUACUGCUGGUCGGUGGGAGAUUCUUGUUUGGCGCGGUAUAGUGAGGACGAUCUCUAUUACCCUGCCAAAAUUGAAGAGAUACGCGAGGAAAAACCCGAUCAACCGGGAUACCUAGUUCGCUACGAAGGUUAUGGUAACACCGAUUGGGUAUCUGUCGACGAUAUUGUCCCUGCAACAUCUGACGAUGGUUCACAAGAGGAUGGCAAUGUUAACAUGGAUAGCGCACCUGAGAAUACCCCAGUAAAACGGCAUGCAGUGAAGGCCUCGAAAUCAAAAAAAGGGCGGACAUCUCGAAAGGAGUCCAGUACCUCGGGACGAUUGCUUGCUGAUCGGCCUCAUCCAACUAUCCCCUCGAUUGCUCCGCCUCCACCCAGUGUGCUAGCUGGACUUUCUGUGCCGGACGAAGCUGAAGCCUUGUCAAGCAUGCUCAUGAGUUGGUACAUGAGCGGUUACCAUACGGGAUACUAUCAGGCGGUGAAAGACUUGAGCUCCAAGAAAUGA